AUGGACGCCGGGCGCAAGAAGUUCGUCGUGAAGCCCUUCCGCAACAACGUGGGCAUGGACGUCGCGAAGGCCAAGGAAACAUGGCAGGCCCUUCGCUGCGCCAUCAAGGAGAUCCAUGGCCACAACGCAUCGCUCCUCUCGUUCGAGGAGCUCUACCGGAACUCAUACAACAUGGUCCUGCACAAGCACGGAGACAUGCUCUACGCGGGCGUCGUCGAGUGCGUCACGGAGCAUCUCGUUCAACUCGCGGACCGCGUGAUCCAAGCCCCAGAUGAAUCGCUUCUACUCGAGCUCUACGCUACUUGGACGGACCAUACAAUCACGAUGACCAUGAUUCGCGAUAUCUUGAUGUACAUGGAUCGCACGUACGUACCGGGAAAGCGCAAGGUCCCGAUCUACGACAUGGGCUUACUCCUCUUCCGUGAUACGAUUGCCCGUCACCCCAACGUCAAGGAUCGGCUGCGAUGGAUGCUUCUCCAAAACAUCGAAAACGAGCGCAAUGGCGAGCUCAUCGACCGCGGAAUCAUGAAGGGUAUCUUGAGCAUGCUCGUGGACCUGGGCCUCCACACGAACACGGUGUACGAAGACGAUUUCGAAACCGAGUUCCUCCGCACGACGGCGGCCUUCUACAACGCCGAGGCCCAGCGACUUCUGGACCAGAACACGUGUCCCGAUUUUAUGCAAAAGGCUGACAAACGCCUCUCGGAAGAGCACAGCCGUGUGUUGCAGUAUCUCAAUGCCUCGACAGAAGCAAAGCUCAAGGCAAUUGUCGAGCGUGAACUCAUCGAGAACCACGCGAAAGCGUUGGUCGAAAUGGAAGGCUCGGGCUGCGUGGCCAUGUUUCGCGAAGAUCGCAUUGAUGGUACUACUUUUGUGUGUUGCAUUUGUCAUAUGCGCAAAUGUAGACUUACGGCGCAUGUACGUCCUCUUCAAGCGCGCCCGCCGUCUGCACUCGAGGAGAUCGGGGCCUGCUGCACAAACUUCAUCAAGUCGACGGGUCUCGACUUGAUCCAAACGCAGCUGAACCAACACCAGCCGUCUGAAGGCGCCGUGCAGUUUGUCCAAGCCGUCUUGGUCCUCAAGGACAAGUCUGCAAUGUUCUUGUCGCAGUGCUGGGGCGACGACAAGGCGUUCUACAAGUGCAUUCAACGCGGGUUUGAAGCCUUUCUCAACACAACGCGGACGUGCGCGUUCAUGCUCGCACAGUUCCUCGACGACCUCCUCAAGUCCAAGUCUCGCUACGACAACGAUUUGGAGCUCCAAGUUGACAAGGUUAUUGGACUCUUCCGCUUCCUCAGCGACAAGGACGUCUUCGAAGAGUACUACAAACGCCUCCUCUCGAAGCGCCUUCUCAACGCCAAGGGCUCUUCGGACGAGGCCGAGAAGAUGGUCAUCUCCAAGCUCAAGGCCGAGUGCGGGUAUCAGUUUACGUCCAAGCUGGAGGGCAUGUUCAAAGACAUGGCGAUGACGAAGGAUCUCAUGGACGGCUUCAAAAAGCACUCGCAGACGUUGCAGGUUCAGGUGCUCACGACGGGCUUUUGGCCGACGGAAAACUGUCUUUCGACGGGUCUCGUUGCACCACUGGAGAUCCGCGCGUGGAUUCACCGCUUCGAGUCGUUUUACUUUGGCCGCCACAACGGCCGGAAGCUCAACUGGCUCUACAACAUGGGCUCUGCCGAUAUUAAGGCAAUCUUCGGUUCUGGCCCCAACGUCCAGCGUCACGAGCUCACCGUCUCGACUUACCAGAUGUGCAUUCUCGUGCUCUUUAACGACCGCGAGAACUUGACGUACCGAGACAUUGCAGCUGCGACCAACAUCGAACCGUCCGAGCUUAAGCGUCACUUGAUUUCGCUCUGCACGCCCAAGUUUCGGAUCCUCACCAAGUCGUCGCGAGGCAAGGGUAUUGACGACGACGCCUGCUUUGGCGUCAAUCACGAGUACAAGUCGAAGCUCCACAAGGUGCGCAUUCCACUCGUGUCGCUCAAAGACAGCUCGGGCGAUGCGCCCGCCAGCAUCCCCGUCAGUGACGAGCUUCCGUCAACGGUGGCCGAGGACCGCAAGCAUCUCAUUGAAGCGGCCAUUGUGCGCAUCAUGAAGACGCGCAAGUCGAUGCAGCACAACAACCUUAUGGCCGAAGUGACGCGACAACUCGCGACACGCUUCGUGCCGUCGCCUCAGCUUGUCAAGCGACGCAUUGAAAGCCUCAUCGAGCGCGAGUACCUGACGCGGAGCCAGUCUGACCGCCGGCUCUACAGCUAUGUGGCCUAA